GGUAAGAGCAUUGUUGGAACGUAUCUCGUUUCCUAUCCGCCAUUAUUGUGAGAUCCAUGGAGUGAUUGUGGCUAUCUGGUGGUUAUAAGUGAUUAAUCCAUAGUGUGUGGAUUGAUACCAAUCCAAGUGUAGUGUCAAAAAUGGAUAUAUGAUGUCGACGCACUCUCAGACAAACGGGGCAAGCUUAGAAGAUUGCCACACCAAUUUCUUCGCCCUGACUGACUUGUGCGGGAUAAAAUGGCGAGUGUACGUGUGGGACAACCCUGGCGGAAGCGGCGUUGGCGGCGGCGGAGGCGUCGGAGGCGGCGGCGUCGGAGUCCCAGCUGACCCCCUUGAGGACCCGGUGUUGGUGUCCUACGCCCGCAUGAUCGCCGCCGACGUGCUCUGCGUGUGGCGGCGCUCGUGGCGGGGACCCCAGGACUCCGUGCAUCCCUCUUCGCAGAUGCCAGGGCACCACCACCACCACCACCACCACGCCCAGCACCAGCAGCGGCACUCCCUCCGUCACUCCCCGAAGGAGCUGUGGGUGUUCUGGUACGGCGAUGACCCGGACCUCUCCAACCUGCUCGCCCCGGGGCUAGUCAAAAGCGACGAGAAAGGAGGAUCGUGGGAUUGGGAAACAGGUCUGUCCUAUGAGUGCCGAACACUUCUCUUCAAGGCUCUCCAUAACCUCAUUGAACGAUGUCUUUUAACUCGGGAUUUCGUGAGGUUGGGUCGCUGGUUUGUGCAACCAUACGAAGGCCCAGAAGGUAUCCCCGGGAGCAGUAGUACUCACUUAUCAUUUAGCCUGUCAUUCUUUGUUCACGGUGAGAGCAUUGUUUGCGCAAGUGUAGAUGUCCGGCAGCAUCCCCCAGUAAGAGAACUUACUCGACGUCAUCUCUUGUUAGCACAGCAGACAAACCAUGGCAUACCAGUGAUCUUGGGACCUUAUGGGCUUAAUGGUACAUUGACUGGUGUAAGUUACCGCCAUUCUGAACCUCCUAUACAAAAGUUGUUAGAGGAGUGGAGGCAAUUUUUCCCUGUUGAAACUAAAGCCCCACCCACUGACUCUUUGGAGCCUUCUCUCCCUGCAGCUGUUGAAGUUAUUGUAGGAGGCCACAAGAUGCGCUACCCAACGUGCUAUGUGUUAGUGACAGACAUGGAUGAUUAUCUGAUGGCUGGUCGUGGUGGAAGUAUUAUAAAUAUAGGACAGAUGGCUCCAGGGGGCCUUAAGGGUGGGCUAACAAGUGAAGGCACUUCAGAGUCUAGCGAGGGGUCAAACCUCUCCACCCAUAAUUCUCCCUUCACAGCCUCAACUCAUACCUUACUAGCCUCAGAGUAUCUAAGUUCUGGUGGGCGAGGUUUGGGGUGGUCACGCGGAAUGUGUGAACGUGUCUGGCAAGAUAUAGUACAAUGCCCAGGUCAGCAACCACCGGUGCAGCAUGAAGGUCUCUCUCCCGAGGGGACACUAACACCUGCUGAAAUUGCUGGUCAAUGGGACUUCUCCGACCCGGCUACAAAGAUCAGUUGUUCCUGUGCCAAAUGCAGGAGGGGUCGGGUCAAUAGUAAAGGGUGUAGCAGCAGUAAGGGCCGGGGAGAGAAAAGUGGUGGGGGCAGCGGGCGUCACCGGGGGGGCAGCUCCAUGACUGGCAGUGCCCCCUUCCACAAGCGGCCCCCUCCAACUCCCCUACCCUCGCAUGAUGAAGCGGUCCUGGACCAGUGUGGUGUGGCAGCCAUCGAGGAAUCCGAACUAAUCCAGGCUGCUGCCAGGUUGAGUGGGGCUGGAACACCUGGUGGCGGUAAUGGAAGUGGGGGGUUUGGAGGCUACAAAAGUGGAGGCGUAACCACUCCAGGGAGUGUACCUAGCUUACGAUUAACAGGAGUUGCUGAUGGGCACCCCCCUUCAGUAGACUCCCCUGCAUCUAUAACACCAUCACCUCUUCCUACACCUCAUUCACAACCUUCAUCUGUGCCUCAUCAUGACCCCACCAUGCCAACAUUAAGUCCUCACCCACCACCAUCUAAUACAUCAGUUGGUGACCCUUCUACUCCUGCACCCCUUGAUUCACUAGAUGUGAAACCCAACAUCUCAGACCUCAUGGGUCCAAAAUCUGAAUCUUCGCCUAACAACCAGGGUAUGUCUCCGUAUGCUGGAGGUGACAGAGGGAAUGGCAUUGAAUCAAACGAGACCAGCAGCAGUUUGGGUGGAGUUGGAAGCAGCAAUGGGUCUAUAAGAGGGUUGAAACGACCAUCUCUUCCUGGCACUGACUACCAUUCCCUUUUGGAAUUGGAAAAACCCAGCACCGUCCUGUAUGACUACACCAAAUUAAAUGCUUGGCUUCAUCAUCCUGUUAAGAAGUUUAAACCAACAGAACCUAAAGUUGAAGAACCUCUCUGGCCACCAUACAGACCAGCUCACAUCCAGGAACACAUGGAACCUUUUAGACCAGAGAUUGGGCAAGAGAUUCCAGAAAUGAAUGGGUUACCUGCUAAUCGUCCAUGUGGUAUCAAGAGACAAGCUGACCCAUAUGACUUUGAUGAUGACCUUGGAUCUGGCACCACUCAGGAGGCAUAUAAACGAAAAGAUGGGCUCGAUAAAGAGGAAGCUAAAACUCCUGGCAGUGUUCGGUCAUCACAUGACCCUCAUUCUCCUUCUCAACCAAAGAAAACUGGAAAUUUGUACACAAUUGAAGGACUUCAGCCAUCUUUAUCAGAUCUGGAUGAAAUCUUUGAUUCAGAUUCUGCUGCAGAUGAUCCCACAUACCCAGACCAUACUCCACCUGGGUCUAAUAAACCCUCUGGAGGACCUGACGACACUGCUGCCGUCAUCAACAAUAAAAGUAGUGGAGGCGGCAAUAACAAAGCCAGUGUGAAUGCAAGUCUUGUGGAGCUGACCAAGAUGUUUCCAACACCCCCGUCCCAUGAGCACAACCCUGACCAUGAUACUGCCUUGGAUGAUGCAGCAUCGCAGGUCAUCACAACCAAGCAAGAGCGUAUUGAGGAACCUAGGCUCCUGCACACACACGAACUUUCUGGUAUCUCUAUUAAAGAGGAACCAACGCAGACCCUUGCUGUCUACCGACCUCCUUCUGUGUCAAUGUUUGUUGGGUCAACAAAAUAUGCUCCACUAACAAACCUUCCAAGUCAGGAACAUAAAACAAUUAUCACUAUUCCAGAAGAUUGGGUGUACAAGCCUUCUUGGCAAUUUCCAGUCUCAGACAAGCCUCAUGGAUCAGCUCCUCCUAUGGUCCACAUGGGGCCCCUCCAUGGGGGCCCACCUACUGGUGGCCAUGGUCAAAAGGUGGGAAUAUCUCCCAUAUCACCCAUGCCAUCCAGUAUUGGGGGCCCUGUGUCAGACAGUGGUCCUGGGUCUCAACGCGGACCUAACAGUGUUGGUGGUCCUGCAUCAGCGGGGCCGCCAAUUAAUUAUGAACUACCAUCACCGGCGUCCAAUCAGUCAUCUUACCUCAACAAGACACUGCCGUCGGUAGAGCCUCCUACACUGGGGCUUAACCAAGUACCUGAAGCUAAUUCCCUCAUUGUUAAUAUUGCACUGCAAGAUUCUAGUGUCAACCUGUUUAGAGAUCACAACUUUGACUCUUGCACAAUGUGUGUGUGUAAUAACAUCCAGAAAAAUGUAGGCAAUAUUCGUGGCAAUGAUGGAACACUCUAUUUGCCACCCACACAUCUGAGUGUGGAGGAAGAAAGUAUUAAGUGUAAUUGUGGUUUCUCUGCAAUAGUUAAUAGAAGGUUAGCCUUUCAGGCUGGGUUGUUUUAUGAGGAUGAAGUGGACCUUACUGGCCUCCAUGAGGCUCUAGCAACUGAACGCAAGAAACAGUCCUUGCUCUUGCUUAUGGACAGUAAAGGUGCAGACAAUCCUGACCGUGAAACCAGUAUUCUAGAUCAGAUACCUCAAUCUAUGUUUCGUCUCUUGCAAAGCCAGUGCUUAGUAACGUUAAGUACUCCAUCUAGUGUUAUAUAUAGAUCAACAACAGUGUACCAAAAUACUAGACGAGACAUCUUGCUAAACUUAGUAGAUUAUAAGGAUGGAAAUGAAAUUGCAUGUAUGGCAGUUGAACAGUCUAGGGGAGCAAACCUUGGUGAUAGUGAAAGUGGCCCCCCAGCAAUCAGACUUCAGUGCAUGCACAAAUGGUGCUAUUACCAGUUUGAUGGUCCCAGAUGUUCUAAGGAUAUUGUGCGGUGCAUGAAGGCCCUCCAGCCUCAUUUACAAGAAGCUAUACAAAAGAAAGGAAGAAGAGUCAAUUGGGAACCAGUGUUCAGUGUUGAUGGUCCUCUCACUUGGCGACAGUUUCAUCGUAUGGCUGUGAGAGGCACCGAGGAUAUGGCUGAACCAUUGCCUAUUCCCAUGCUGUUGACUGGUCAUGAUAGAGACUGGUUGUCAGUAGCACCACAAUCACUCCGACACUGGGAAAAGUUACUCCUAGAACCAUAUUCUCAACAGCGGAAUGUUGCCUAUGUUGUGGUUGCCCCAGACAACGAGUUUAUUCUCAAUCAUGUACGCACCUUCUUCAAAGAACUGUCUUCAAUAUAUGAGUUGUGCAGAUUGGGUCGGCACUCACCCAUCCAGCGAGUGUUAAGAAAUGGAAUCAUGCGAAUAAGUAAAACUGCAGCGUCUAAAGUAGCAAAUGAACCUUUAGAAGAAUGGUUCUCAUUAUUGGGUGAUUCUCACAUGUCCACCAAACUCAAAGUUUAUGCCCAGGUGUGUCGGCACUGGUUAGCACCACACCUAGCAACACUGAACAUGGAUAAGAGUCUCUUUGAGGUGCCUGGGUCCAGUAAAUCCAGUGAAAGGCAAGCUCCUUCACCAAUGCCUCCACCGUCAUCAGAAAAUAUGAAUAGUACCACUGCCUCAACUACACCAACAUCAAAUUCUGAUCCUGAAGGAACCUAUUCUUCAUCUUCAACAGUCUCCAACUCGCAGCAGGGAACCAUCACUCUUGGAGCUGGUGCUAGUCUGAACGAAGUUGAUGAGGAUGAUUCCCCUCCACCUGCUAUCCUGGUUUACCUAGUGGACCCCUUCAAUGUAGGACAAGACCACCCAGAUAUGCACCGUCUGGUCACUCUAGGAUUGCUCCGCUGUUAUGAACAUAUGUUGGAAGGACUUCCAGAGAAUAUGCAGAAUAAUGUUUAUCUCCAGAUCGUUUCGUUGGAAAGCAUCCUCGAGUUAGCCAGUGAUUCACAUGACCGAUCUCGUCACAUAGACCAACUUAAGUCAUUGGCAUUUUCAGUGUUCAUGCAAUGCAGAAGAACUCUCAGCCAUAAUGCAGUAGUUAAAUCACUCACGGGCUUUGGGCCUGCAUCUGUUUAUGAUGGAUUUCUUAAGCCCAAGGAAGCAAGUCUUGCUGUGGAAGAAAAGCGUUUGGCUCCAUAUCAUAUCUUCUCUCCUGCAUAUAUUUUGGCUCCCAUCAAGGAGAGUCGUGGUACCUACAAAGAAGCUCAAGAAGCUUUAGGAGUACCACAGGAGAAGUCCACCAUACUAAACUGCACCUACUGUUUGUCUGAAGAUCAAAGAUGGCUACUGGCAACAGCUACAGAUGAACUGGGAGAAAUCUUAGAAACUGUUACCAUCAGCAUAGAAAUCCCUAAUAGAACAAGAAGAAAGAAAGCCUCUGCCCGUCGUCAUGGACUGAAAAAAUUAAUGGAUUGGAUUUUAACUGUCAUGUCCAUUGGCAUACAUCCCUGGCGACUGGUUGUAGGAAGACUGGGCAGAAUGGGUCAUGGAGAAUUGAAGGGUUGGUCUUCCUUACUUUCACGGAAGUCUCUAACCCAAGCAUCAAAGAAUCUUAAGGAGAUGUGUAAACAGUGUGCUUAUCUAUUUCCUGGAGAUGCACCGUGUAUACUCUCUGCAUGCUUAGUCUCCAUGGAGCCUGAUUCUUCAUUUCGGAUGAUGCCAGAUAUGUUUACCCCUGAUGAGAGAUUUGGUCAAAAUAGUCAAAACUGCAGUCUGUCCACACCACAAGAUCUCACUUGUACUCAUAUACUGGUCUUCCCAACAUCUGCUACAGCACAGUCAGCACAGCAGAGAUUCCACGAUGAGCAAGGUUUCCACUUUGAAGGUGCAGAAUUGUUACUGCACGAUGAAGUUUUAGAGGAUGACAUGAGUGGUGGUAUGGGUGAUAUUGGCAUUGGAAUAGGACUAAACAUAAAUGAUAUUCUCAAUCUUGAUACUGGUCCAAAUCAAGAUGACCAAAUGGAAGAUGGGAGUGGCCAGCGGGACUCCUUCUCUCAGCCUGGUAGCCCCACAACUGGGGUAGGGGGUAGAACAAGUCCCUCACAAUUUUCUGGACAGGCGCGUAGUAAUGGGGUUGUUUUAGUUGACCCCCAAGAAGAUUCUGGUGGUUCUGUUUUGCAACAACCUCUGGCUCUUGGAUAUUAUGUGUCGACAGCCUCCACUGGACGGCUGCCUAGGUGGUUCUGGUCGUCCUGCCCACAUCUUGAAUCAUCUUGCCCAGUGUUUCUCAAGUCAGCCCUCCACCUCCAUUCUCCAGGAAUUACACAGUCUGAUGAUUUCUUGCAUAGCACAAAUAACAAGGUCCACCCAUUGGAUUCUUCAUACACCACUGAUGUUCUCAGAUAUGUUCUUGAAGGCUACAAUGGGCUCUCCUGGCUAGUCCUAGAUCCUGCUAAACAGGACAGAAGAUCAUGCCUGCCCUUACACAUGCAAGUUCUGUCUCAUCUCUACAAUGUUAUGGCAGCCCUUGUUUGAUAGCCGACCAAUGAACCCUGAGGAUGCUUGGCCUCGUUGUUUUUUAUUUUUGUAAUUUGAUUAUUUAUUUUGUUUAAAUCAUUUUAUUACUAGCUCUGGUGCAAUUAAUGGGCUUUACAUGAAGAGAUACUAUUAGGCCACAUAGUUGCAUGACAAAGUGCCCUUGACACAAAAUUGGUCAUGUCUGUUAAAUAUAUGCAAGGUUGCUGUUUCAAAUAGGCAUAUACUUUUGUAUUCAUAUUUGAUUGUAAUAUGUAUUAUAAUAUUUUAAGAUUCUAUAAAUGACCAAAAAAUAUCAUAGAAUCUCUAAAAAGUCGAUUUUUUCAUUUAGAAAAAUUUAACGCAGGGCAUUAUGUCUAGAAAUUUGGCAAAGAUAAUAACUACUGUUUCACAAAUACUAAAGACCCAAUUUGUUGAAAUGGGUAUUAGGUAUUAAUGGUUGAUACACUAGCCAAAGUAUACUUACUUUUGUAAUUUGAGUAUACAGCAUGCCAGUGCCUGGGUGGAUGUGGAAAGUAAACACCAAGGAAUUACUCAUUGUUGUAAAGCAGAUUGUUUAAUGACAAGUGUAUGAAGAUUAGCAGAUAGCAGUUGAACCAAAGCAUUAUUUAAAAUAGGGCUGAUGCAUAAUUGUUCUUUAAUGCUCAAAAGGAAGGUCUUACCUCACAAAACUUGCAUUAUCUCAAAGAUCACUGUAUAUACUUAACUUAUUAUGGCCAGAAGUCCACCACAAUGCAAUCAAAACAGUCCUGCCUUAUGAUAAUGGACAGAGAUAUAAAUUAAUGGGUGGAUAAAUUUUUGAGGAGCACAAGUUUGGGAAGAUAUGACAAUGUAAAGUAAUGCUCAUUUUUCACAAUGCUGGAUGUAUUUUGGAAUCACACAAUGAAUUGUUUGCCAGAGCAAAACUAAGUGGGCCAUUGGUAUCGUGGGCUGGGCGCAGUAAACCAGUGCAUUGUUAGUGACUAGUAUCCAAGCAGGAUUGUCUGUGAUAAUGAGUAACAGAUUGAUUGUACUUCAUAAUUGGAUAUUUAUGCCUUUUUAUUAUUAACACUUGUUUCAGCAUAGCCUGAUGCUGAUCACUUCAAUAAUGUAAAUAGGCAGUGGUGUUGUACAAGCUGGGUGGGUCAGAUCUUUAUCUGCCCUGAUAUGCUACUGCCCUGAGGCUCUCAAGAAUAGUGUACAAUGUUAAUUGUACCUAUAUGUGUACAUGUUGCCUCUUACACCUGUAGCCAAAUUGUACAUAAAUACUAUGGCAGGUGGCUCCAAAAGGGAGUAUGGGUAGGCAGCAGCAUGUCAGUGGCACACAGGUUCCCCCACCUCUCCCCCAGCCCCUCUCCCCCCACUGCUCUUGUGUACAGAAUCUAGGUUACAUGUACAGUGAGACACAAGUUUUACACCUCCUGACUGUUUAUACAAGUUAAGUAUUUUCCCCCUGAUGCAACCACCUCCCAACUUGAUGCAAACGGAGGGGUUGUGAUGUAAAAUAUUUCUGUCAGUAAAUUCAAUUGUUUAUUUUGAGACUAACUUGAAAAAACAUAAAAAAUCAAGUAGAAUAUAAGGUUAGAUAGUUUAAAGAAAGUAUUUUACAAAUGAAACAUUUGUACAAGGAGUGUAUUUUAAAAAAUGGUGAAUAACCAAGUGGAAGAUGGCAGAAACCUUCCAUGGCAAGUAUCGGCUUCACUCGUCCCAGGACCUCAGGAGUUGGGCAAUCAGGCAGCUAAGUACAGUAAUCUCUUCCCAAAGCCCUCAGCUGCAGUCUUGGUGUCAUCUGUCAGGAUUCUGUUUUACCAGCAUUAUAACCAUCAAACGUUGUUUAGGGAAUAUUAUGGUCUUUUUUUUUCUUUUUCCUCCAUUAUUUUUUCUUUAUUUUAUUUUUUUUUUCAAUGAUAAUGAACAACAGUGCUGUUUUUGUCCCUUGGUAUUUGCAAUAUUUGCAGUAAUGGGAUAUUAAAAGCAUUGAUAUGCUGCAGCCAAAGAUAUCAGAAAUUUGCCUGAGGAUGCCCAGUCAGGUCAAAGGGAUUGAGAAUGAAGACAAAACUUAAUGCACUUUUAUGCAUUCUUCUGAGGUUGGGACAGCCUUACGCCAGCCAGGGUGUGUGUGGAGCAAUCUAUUUAUGUGCGUCUCGUUAAUUCUGACCUGCCUACCUGUCUACCAAGUGGAAUGUGUGAAGAUUUACAGUUUUGUUAAACUUUUUAAGAAAUUUGUAUUUUACAAGAAAAUUUUAGCAUUUUAUAUGUAGAGUUUUAUUUGUGUAAACAAAUUUUUGACUAUGCAGUAUUGUAGACAGAGAGUAUUUGCUGGAGUUUCAUCAGGUUAUGAAUGACACUGACAUUUAUAAAACAGUUGUUGAUUCUCAUUCCAUUAUUUAACUUAAAUAAUUAUUGGUAUUUUAUCUUACAAAUAUUCUUUGUAUGAAAUUAUUGACACUGCAAUAAGAUGACUGGAUGCAAUCACAUGAAAUAAUUGAGAGUAGGUUUGUAUAGUGUAGACAGAUUACAGGUCUCAGUCUGCCGUGGGUCUAGUGGCAGCUCCCUUUCUUCCUUGCUCAAUUACUGUCAUGAUGAUCAUUCUUAUAUCACUCUCAUGGACAUGACACUGUGGCCAACUUUGUACAGAAGCAUGGAAGCUAAAUAAUUCUAUUAUUACCCAAGCCUCCAUAACAUAAUUAUUAUGUAUGCAUGCACAUACAUGCUUGCUUGCACUUGUACAUGUGUGCAGUCUUACACACUUUUACACACAUGCAUACUCACACACAUACAUGCUCUCAGAAACACCCAUACUUUUACCGAUAUCUGUAGUCAACAAAAACUUGUUCAGUAUUUUCUACAUAUGAAAAGAGAACUAGACAAAAACAAUUUCAUAUUGGUUUAGGGGUCAUAUGGUUAAUAUAAAAAGUAAAUAACUAGAUAUUACUUAGGAAAAAUUCUUACAUGAGUUGUAAACGAGGAGGCAUUAAUUGAUUGUUUGUUAGUGGUAUCGUGUUCAUACUCUGAAUAGCAUAUAAAGAAAUACAUUAUAUAAAAACUUAUUAUUUAUUUAUUUAAUUUAAAAAAAGUUAAAGAUUAUAUUUUCCCUCAAUUAGUAUGUCUUCUUGACGAUCAAUUUGUAAUACCUAGAUUUUUAAGUUUUAAACAACCAUAUCAUCUUUGUAAGGAUUUUUCUAUGAACCUGACAAUAGUUCUUAUAUGUGGUGUUCUUUAUAACUUUGGACAGUAUUCAUUGUUAACUCUUUUAACUUAACAUUGUUGGUCACUUAAUUUUAUACACUCAAAAAUCCUGUCUGUUCUAUUACGUUAGAAGUGUCUUGUACUGUUGUGAUAAUUUUCUUGUUUGACACCAUAUCACACUUGUGUUUGUUAUGGGUAGCUGCUCUAGCCUAUGUGCUGUGUGAAUGUUGGUGCAAGAGUGACAGAGUGAUCGUUGGGGGAGUGAGCUCCAACUUGCCCCACUGUCAUUAUUAUCAUUGGUAUAAAAUACAAUUUUAUGUGUAAA